AAGCGAGCGGCCGGCCCGGAAGUACUUCAGAGAGCUACGGCGGUGAGGCAAGAUGGUGGCAACCAAGAGGAAACGGCGUGGGGAUUUGGCGGUUCAGGCGAAGAAGCCAAAAAGAAACGAAAAAGAUGCCAAGUCUUUAUCUAAGUCGCCCGUCAAGGCAGAAGAGGUGGAGGAAGAAGAGAAAGACCGUAUCCCAGGUCCCGUUUGCAAGGGCAAAUGGAAGAAUAAGGAACGGAUUCUCAUUUUUUCUUCUAGAGGAAUAAAUUUCAGAACAAGACAUUUAAUGCAGGACUUGAGAAUGUUGAUGCCUCAUUCUAAAGCAGAUACUAAAAUGGAUCGUAAAGAUAAGUUAUUUGUGAUUAAUGAGGUCUGUGAAAUGAAAAACUGCAAUAAAUGCAUCUAUUUUGAAGCUAAGAAAAAACAGGAUCUCUAUAUGUGGCUUUCAAAUUCACCUCAUGGGCCAUCUGCCAAAUUCCUUGUUCAAAACAUUCAUACCCUGGCUGAAUUAAAGCUGACAGGAAAUUGUUUGAAAGGUUCUCGGCCCCUUUUGUCUUUUGACCCUGCUUUUGAUGAAUUGUCACACUAUUCAUUGUUAAAAGAACUCUUAAUUCAGAUUUUUAGUACACCCAGAUAUCAUCCCAAAAGCCAACCAUUUGUGGACCAUGUGUUUACUUUCACCAUUUUGGAUAACAGAAUAUGGUUUCGGAACUUUCAGAUCAUAGAAGAAGAUGCUGCUCUUGUAGAAAUAGGACCUCGUUUUGUCUUGAAUCUUAUAAAGAUUUUUCAAGGAAGUUUUGGAGGACCAACUUUAUAUGAAAAUCCUCACUACCAGUCACCAAACAUGCAUCGGCGUAUCGUAAGAUCUAUCACAGCUGCAAAAUACAAAGAGAAACAGCAAGUGAAAGAUGUGCAAAAACUGCGAAAGAAAGAGCCAAAGACUAUUCUUCCACAUGAUCCCACUGAAGAUGUUUUUGUUACACCAGCUGAGAAAAAACCAAUAGAAAUACAGUGGGUAAAACCAGAGCCAAAAGUCGAUUUGAAAGCAAGAAAAAAAAGGAUUUACAAAAGGCAAAGAAAAAUGAACCAGAAGGUGAACAGUGGGAAUGCAAAAUGAAUCAAUGGAUAAAGAUUUGCUUUUCAGUUGUUGUGUAUUUAUUUUGUAUUGAGUAUGUAAAUACUUUUAUCUAGGACUACCUUUUGUCUAAUUAGUGUACCAUUUAAAAGAAAAAAAAUCUUAAAAAUCAGUGAUGCUUAUCAUUUUCCAAAUAAAAUAUCACCAGAACUCAUCAGUUAA